AGCGAUUGAAGUAGGGGUACAUGGAUCCGCCCGGAUUGACAAUUUAAAUACUUGCUCUAUACUGCACGCGGCUAGAGUUUAAAAACUUGGACUCUAGUCGGGAUUAAUUUGUGGUGUAGUUUCGUGCGAGUCAAGUUUUUGGCGCCGUUGCUGGGGACCUUAUGGUUCGUUAUCCAGAAAAGGUCGCUUAGUGUUACUCUAGCAUUUUUAAUCUUGCCUUUUUGUUUGUGUUUUGUGUUUCGUGUUGUGUUUUGUUUACCCACUCUUGUCUUAGAAGGGUGGUUUGUGUUUGUUUGAUUUUGUUUGUGUAGGUUAUGAAUUAUGGAUCCCAAUGGCUUCUACAAUAGGUGGGGGUAUCCACAACCACCCGAAUAGGGUUACCCUGGAGCUUCAUGGAGUGAACAAGAAGGGGGAAGCCAAGGAUCUGGGUUCUAUUACCAACCGCCCUUCCAAGACGAACAACCAUAACAUUGGGGAUAUGAAGAGGUUUCUCUAUAUCAAGAAGAUUUCCCUCCACAACCCGAGGGGAAAUCCAAGUUGGAGUUGGCCAUGGAAGCCUUCAUGGGACAAUCAUCAAGACCUUGUGCCACUCCACAACCGGAGCCAAAGAAAAACUGGGAGCUCAUGGUGGAGCAAUUUUCCCGGGGUGCCGACGAAGGAUGCUCCAAUUCGGAUCUUCCCAUCACUGGCCCUAUCGACUCAACCUUUCUUCUGGAAUCGGAGGAGCUCCUUCGAUGCACAAAGAGGCUCGGAGAGCUUAUUGAGCAAGCAUGUGCACAAAUUGCUCACAAUCACCUCCUACCAUUGGAUGAAAGAGAGGAAGUCAAAGAGGCGAGCCAUGAUAGUUUUGGAAGAACGAGCUCCUGCAUGGAUUUCCAACCCCUCCCUCCUCCCAGUUUGACACAUGUGGAGGAGCAAGAGAAUCCCUUCUAUGACAUUGUAUUGCAUUUUGCCCUCAAAUUCGUGCUUGAAGACAUGAAUGGGAAGGAGGAAGAAGUGAUUGAAGAGGAGGAAGUGAGCAUUGACGAGGAGGAAGAUCUUGGGUGUUCCCAUUGGGAGGAAUCAAAUUUUGAAAAAUGAAGAAGAAGGUGCAAGUGGAGUCCAUGACGAGGACAAGGUCGAGGUGGAUGAAGCAUCCACAAGUUAUGAGGGCUAUGAAAGCUUUCCACCCGACCUUGAUGCGCUUUUGGAGAAGGACCCGUUUGCGGCUCUUUGCCAAGCCAAGGCCAAACCAUCGGCGAUCCCUCUUGGUGGAUGCGAUGGUGGUAAAUCAAUGAUGCACUACAUGGUGUGGGGCAAAGAGAAAGAAGGAGAAGGAAAGAAGGAGAGGUCUCAUGGGUGGAGCCUCAAAGUCAAUCAAGUUCAUGAGCCCUCAAUAAUGGAUUCUUCCAAUCUCGUGACCUGAGAUUUCACCUCACCGACGAGAACCUCAACUUCAAGGAGGUUCUUGGGUGGACCGAAACUUGAGGAGCAAUCGUCUGACUCACGAUGUUAAAGAAGCACUUGGUGGGAGGCAACCCAUCGACCAUCGAUUUGUUUGAUUUCCGCUCCAAUAAGAAGACCAUUGAAGA